CUCGUCGCGAUUGCGCCAUACCCUAACCCUAGGCCACCGGGGCGGCGACCGCCGGCGAGCCUGCCACCCGCAACCUCCCCUUCGACGACCCUUUCUUGAGGUAGACGGCAGAUAUGGCGAUGGCUGGAGGGAGCAGCUUUGAGGACGAAAUCGUGGAGUCAGACAUCGAGUUGGAGGGGGAGGUUGUUGAGCCAGAUAAUGACCCUCCUCAGAAGAUGGGAGAUCCAUCUGCUGAAGUCUCCAACGAGAAAUUUGACCAGUCACAGCUUGCCAAAAAGGAAGGCGUUGACGCAAUUUCAGAAGGUAAACUGGAUGAAGCUAUUGAGCACCUCACGGAGGCUGUUGUACUGAAUCCGACUUCAGCUAUCGUCUACGCUGCUCGGGCUAGUGUUUUUGUGAAGUCAAAGAAACCAAAUGCAGCUAUUCGUGAUGCAGAUGCAGCAUUAAAGAUUAAUCCAGAUUCUGCUAAAGGAUAUAAAUCACGAGGGAUGGCAAAAGCUAUGCUUGGGAAGUGGGAAGAGGCUGCUCAGGAUCUUCGCAUGGCAGCAAAAUUGGAUUAUGAUGAAGAGAUUGCUGCAGAGCUUAAGAAGGUUGAACCCAAUGUACUCAAAAUUGAGGAGCAUAGGAGAAAAUAUGAGCGAUUACGCAAAGAGAGGGAUAUGAAAAAAGCUGAAAUGGAAAAACAGCGCAAACAUGCAGAAGAGAUUUCUGCUGCUUCUGCUGUUCUGAAGGAUGGUGAUGUGAUCGCUAUCCACUCAUCCAGUGAGCUGGAAUCAAAGCUCAAGGCAGCAUCAACCUUGUCUAGGCUUGCAGUUCUCUAUUUCACUGCAGGAUGGUGUGGUCCAUGUCGCUUUAUUGGGCCUGUUUGCAAAAGCUUAGCUGAGAAGCAUCGGAAUGUUGUUUUCCUUAAGGUGGACAUCGACGAACUAAACAGUGUCGCAUAUCGCUGGAACGUCUCCAGUGUUCCAUCGUUCUUCUUUGUGAGGAAUGGAAAGGAGAUUGAUAAAGUAGUUGGUGCUGACAAGAAUGGCCUUGAGAGGAAACUUGCUCAGCAUGGAUCAUCCUAAACAGUGAGCAGUCCUGUUACUUGACGUGCUAAUAUGAUGUUUAAUGAAUGAGAACGAGUGCUAUGAAUAAAAGCUGACAUACAGAUCUAGAAUUU